ACAUCGGGUUUACAGCUACAGCAACAAAGACAGCUACUGCUCUUCAUGGCAGCCAAUUAUUGGGCGUCGACGCAGCGUCGACACUGGCUGUUCUCCCGAGAGUCGCUGGCCGAUGUUCGGGAGCGACUCUGGGAGAAAGAUAAGGUCACCCAUUCACAGUUUCCGCUGCCAGAUCAGCGACUGCUGAAUAUAUACUUCAAUCAGCGUAAGACUCCUCCUCUACAAGAGAUCACCACUUGCUUAUCGCUCUCUAGAACUCAUCAAAUUGGGCAAGCGCAUGACCACCCGCCAACAAGCCAUUGCCACGGCCCAAGUAUAUCUCAAGCGUUUUUAUACAAAGAACGAGAUCCGCCAGACAAAUCCCUAUCUGGUCCUCACAACGGCCUUCUACCUGGCCUGCAAAAUGGAAGAAUGCCCCCAACACAUCCGUUUCGUGGUGGGCGAAGCACGCGGGCUCUGGCCCGGUACGAAUUCAUAACGCCUGACGUCGCCAAACUGGGCGAAUGCGAAUUCGCCCUGAUCUCCGAAAUGCACUCACAACUAAUCGUGCACCACCCCUACCGCACGCUCUCUGAGCUCCAAACCGAGCUCGCUCUAUCCUCGGACGAGGUAGCUCUCGCCUGGUCCGUAAUCAACGACCACUACUUAACUGAUCUCCCCCUCCUCCACCCUCCGCACGUAAUCGCCAUCAUGGCCAUCAUCGUCGCAGUGGUAUUUAAACCCUCUCCGCCAGGUGCAUAUCUCGGUUCUGCGCAGUCCGCACUAGCGGGUACCAUGCGCGAAGGCCAAGGCAUGAACAUGCUUGCUGCAUUGUCAGAUAAGCCUGGAUCGGGGCCUCCGAAGAUUCAGAAGCUGGUUGCGUGGCUGGCGGAGAGUGAGGUGGAUAUCAAGGCCGUUAUCGAGUGUACGCAGGAACUGCUUUCGUUGUAUGAGGUUUGGGAGCAGUAUAGUGAGAAGCACUGCAAGGAGUUGAUCGGUCGCAUGGUUAAGAGCAAGAACUUGGAUAAGUGA